AUGUCUGACUAUUAUGGCUGCUUUAAGAGUUCAAUGGUGAAGAAGAUAAAUACAACCUCAAGGCGUCUUGCAGAUAGGAAGGUGGAGAGGUUUGAGAAGAAUAUCAAGAAGAGAGGUACAGUGCCUGAAACGACAACAAAAAAAGGGAACUCUUAUCCUGUGGGACCUGUUGUGCUUGGGUUCUUCAUAUUUGUUGUCAUUGGAUCCUCUUCUCCGUUUUCUUUUAUUGCCAGCUUUGUUUCAAAUAAUCCGAACCGCAACAAGUGGAGGCAUGGCUUGAGUAACGCACUUUCCUAUUGGCAGGGACCCCAGUCGGAAAAUACCCUCACAUCUCCGAUGAAAACAGCUGAUUGCCAAAACCGGACAGUUCUGGUGUCAGCUGAGAGGGGAAGAGACACUGUUAGCAAAAAUGAAGGUUGGAACUUUGCCUCCGGUUUUAAUUUGUACUAUGCGAGAGACGUCACCAAGAUAAACUCGAUUUAUGGAUGUUCUCAAUUCAGAAGGUAUGUGAGGACGAGUUCAUCGUAA